AAUAAUAAUAAUAAUAAUAAUACUAUUAUAAUAUUAUUAUUCUUAAUCCGCGAUUGUAACUCUUAGUACGUAACCGUCAAUCCAACCGAUCACGUAUUAAGGUCGAACCUAAAUUUAAAUUUUCGGAGUGUUACAGAAACUAAACGACAUUUGGCGAUUUUGAUGAGGGAAAAGGCGAAAAAUCGACCAGAUCGCGAUAUCCUAGCGAUCUGAUCGCUAAUCGCCAGAGAGGAGGCCUAGAAAAAGAAGGAAACUAGGGUUUCUGAUUUUCGAUUCGGGAAGUGAAGAAUGAGGAUGGAGGCGGCUACUAGGGUUUCUUCUGAAGGGUAAAUGGAAUAUAUAUAUGUUUAUUCAAUACGGCGUCGUUUUGGUAGACGGGUAAUCCGUCGGGCAGAUAGUUUACAACCCAACACCACCCGAAACCCAGUGUUGACGGGUCCCGGGUUCCCCGCCACUCAUUGACGGGCCUUGAAGAUCACACUGCUUGGACCUUAAUCGAGCGGACUUCGGGCGGGUAACCGCUAACAGCCCCGGCCUGCCAUCCCUAAUUGUAGAGUUUUUCUAUCGUGGUUUUAUUGUGUAUUAUGAUUAUCCGCAGUCAGCGACAGUAGCUAUUAACAGUAGCUAUUAACCAUUAGCCAGCCACAGCCCACAAGUGAUUUGUAUCUCAACUGACAACUAUCAUCUCUGCCCCUUACGGCUUUCCACAUUGCAUCCUCUAAUGGGCCUUCGACCCACUAAGAACUCUAAUCUCACGGGCCAUGAUCCAACUUUCUCUGUUCAGAUUUCACGAAUAUUUCCCAAUUAUUUAUUCAUUUGUUUUUAUUUUCUCUGGGCAAAGGGAAGAAGAUUAGAAGAGUCGAAGACUAUCCCAGGACUUGGUCCCCGACUCGUUUUCCCCAUCUCAUCGCUCUCUCUUAUAGCCGCCGCUGUUGCUCACAUCUCCUCUACCGCCGCCGCCGAUCUCUUUUCUUCUUUCACGACGAUGGAUUGGCAGGGGCAGAAGGUGGCGGAGCACCUGAUGCAGCUGAUGCUACUGGCUUCCGCCGUGAUGGCCUUCCUCACCGGUUACAUCAUGGGAUCGUUUCAAACUAUGAUGUUAAUCUACGCCGGUGGAAUCGCUCUCACCGCCUUGAUCGUAGUCCCCAACUGGCCUGGCUUCAAUCGCCACCCUCUCCGCUGGCUGGAUCCCCUCGAGGCCGACAAGCACCCCAAGCCGCCGCCCCAGCCCGUCGCUUCCAAGAAGAACAAGUCUAAGAAGUAGGGUUUCUCAAUUUUCUGCUUUGUACUAGAAUUCUCUGCUAGGGGAUAAUGAAUCGAUGAGUUCGAUAGAAACUAUAGCUAAGUAUUUGUGUGGCGACAUUUUGUUUGGGGGAAUUCGUCAUGAACUUUUCAGAAGUUUCAGCCUUUGAACACACAGAAUCACAAGAAUGAUCUUUUCGAUAGCUAUGCUUCUCACUUUCUGAUUUCUAGUUCUGGGUUGUUUCCCUUCGGAUGGAUUAAUCCUCUAGGAGGUUAGUUCUCUCAAUAUCUAUUACUACGAGGUUGAAUUCCAUGUAA